AUGGGGACCACUGAAGCCACGCUCCGGAUGGAAAACGUGGAUGUGAAGGAAGAAUGGCAGGACGAAAAUCUGCCCAGGCCACUCUCGGAAGAGACGGGGAUGGACUUGCUUGGCAGUGCCACAGAAGACACAUCCUCCCCUCCCAACACUCUGAACUUCAAUGCGGCUCAUCGUAAGCGGAAGACGCUGGUGGCCCCCGAGAUCAACAUUUCCCUGGACCAGAGCGAGGGCUCCCUGCUGUCCGAUGACUUCCUGGACACCCCCGAUGACCUGGAUAUCAAUGUGGAUGACAUCGAGACCCCAGAUGAGACCGACUCGCUGGAAUUCCUGGGGAACGGCAAUGAAUUGGAGUGGGAAGAUGACACCCCCGUGGCCGCCGCCAAGAAUAUGCCUGGGGAUAGUGCGGACCUGUUCGGAGAUGGCUCCGCCGAGGACGGCAGUGCCGCCAACGGGCGUCUGUGGCGGACAGUUAUCAUUGGGGAACAGGAACACCGGAUUGACCUGCACAUGAUCCGGCCCUACAUGAGGGUGGUGACCCACGGAGGGUACUACGGGGAAGGUCUCAACGCCAUCAUCGUCUUUGCCGCCUGCUUCCUCCCAGACAGCAGCUCCCCCGACUACCACUAUAUCAUGGAGAACCUCUUCCUGUACGUCAUCAGCAGUCUGGAACUCCUUGUGGCCGAGGAUUACAUGAUCGUGUACCUGAACGGUGCCACGCCUCGGCGAAGGAUGCCCGGCAUCAGCUGGCUGAAGAAGUGUUACCAGAUGAUUGACAGGAGACUGCGCAAAAACCUGAAGUCCUUAAUCAUUGUCCACCCAUCCUGGUUCAUCCGCACUGUGCUGGCCAUCUCCCGCCCUUUCAUCAGCGUCAAGUUCAUCAACAAGAUCCAGUAUGUGCACAGCUUGGAAGAUCUGGAGCAGCUCAUCCCCAUGGAGCACGUGCAGAUCCCAGACUGCGUGCUACAGUACGAAGAGGAAAGGCUCAAGGCCAGGAGAGAAAGCGCAAGGCCGCAGCCAGAGUGCGUCCUGCCCAGGUCUGAAGAGAAGGCAGAGGCGGGGCUGGCGGAGGACAGGUCUGCUCUGGCCACAGAAGAUCAGGAAACAAGGUGGGUGGGAAGCGGGGCGAUCUUGGCACCUUUUUUGGAAACAUUCUAAGUGGAACCUACCCUGGGAUGAGUGCCUCAUGACUUAUUGUUGAUGGAGGGAGGAUGCUGCACCAGGGAGGCAGGGAGACCGUGGUUACCAUGACAACAGGGCCUCCUCUGGGGCCAGGCAGCCGGUCCCUGCUCCACUCCAGCGGGGCGUCAUUAACGGGAGGCCCCAGAGCUGAGCCACACAGCGGCCCUGACUGAGAUGUCCACCCAGAGCCAGGCCCCCUGAAGCCCAGGAUUUUACUCAGCCAGAGGGUGCACUGUCUGCCCACAACCUAUCUCAGUGUGUCUGCCUGGCUCUGCAUGCCAGGAAAAGCCUCCCUGUGUGUCACGGGUCCUGGAGACCACCCUCGGGGGCAGUGGUUUGCUAGAAGGACUCACAGGACUCAGCAAAGCUGAUCUGCUCACAGUUAUGGUUUAUUAAAGUGGAAGUGUGGGUACAGCUCAAAGUCAGCAAUAGGAAAAAGAGCGUGGGGUGGGGUGAGGGGAGACAGGUGCACGCUCCCAAUUGUUGUC